GCCACAGCCCCGCUCUCUGCCCAUUGUCUUGCGCCCCUGACCAGUGCGCCCUGGUGCCACAUUGCGGGCCCGGCAGCCUCUUCUCGUCAUUCCAGCCAGCGCCGCAACUAUAAGAGGCGGUGCUGCCCGCUGUGGCCGCCUCAGCCCACCAGCCGGGACAGCGAACCAUGCUGCCCGCCGCCCGCCUCCAGGGUUGUUAAGAGUCAGACUGCGAACUCUCACCACUGCCGCCACCGCCGCGUCCGGUCCCACCGUCGCGGGCAGCAGCCAAAGCCAGCCACAACUGCAACACAGAACCGGCAAGGCCAGACAGGCCAUGGGGCGCUGGGCUCUGCUGCCCAGCUGGGUUUCUGCUACUUUGCUACUGGCACUGGCCGCUCUGCCUGCAGCCCUGGCUGCCAACAGCAGUGGCCGAUGGUGGGGCAUCGUGAACGUAGCCUCCUCCACGAACCUGCUGACGGACUCCAAGAGUCUCCAGCUAGUACUGGAACCCAGUCUGCAGCUGCUAAGCCGGAAGCAGCGGCGUCUGAUCCGCCAGAACCCGGGGAUCUUGCACAGCGUGAGCGGUGGGCUGCAGAGCGCCGUGCGCGAGUGCAAGUGGCAAUUCCGGAACCGCCGCUGGAACUGCCCCACGGCUCCGGGGCCCCACCUCUUCGGCAAGAUUGUCAACCGAGGCUGUAGGGAAACCGCGUUUAUCUUCGCCAUCACCUCAGCGGGAGUCACCCAUUCGGUGGCGCGCUCCUGCUCUGAGGGUUCCAUCGAGUCUUGCACGUGUGACUACCGGCGACGUGGCCCCGGGGGUCCCGAUUGGCACUGGGGGGGCUGCAGCGACAACAUCGACUUCGGCCGCCUCUUCGGUCGAGAGUUCGUGGACUCGGGCGAGAAGGGGCGGGACCUGCGCUUUCUCAUGAACCUUCACAACAACGAGGCGGGCCGGACGACCGUCUUCUCCGAGAUGCGCCAGGAAUGCAAAUGCCACGGGAUGUCCGGCUCGUGCACGGUGCGCACCUGCUGGAUGCGGCUGCCCACGCUGCGCGCCGUGGGCGAUGUGUUGCGCGAUCGCUUCGACGGCGCCUCUCGGGUCCUUUACGGCAACCGAGGCAGCAAUCGCGCUUCCAGAGCCGAGCUGCUGCGCCUCGAGCCCGAAGACCCCGCGCACAAGCCCCCUUCCCCCCACGACCUGGUCUACUUCGAGAAAUCGCCCAACUUCUGCACGUACAGCGGACGCCUGGGGACCGCGGGCACUGCCGGGCGCGCCUGCAAUAGCUCGUCGCCAGCGCUGGACGGCUGCGAGCUCCUUUGCUGUGGCCGGGGUCACCGCACGCGCACGCAGCGCGUCACCGAGCGCUGCAACUGCACCUUUCACUGGUGCUGCCACGUCAGCUGCCGCAACUGCACGCACACGCGCGUACUGCACGAGUGUCUGUGAUGCGUGGCGCGGACUCGUCCCC